CUGUGUCAGUGUGUGUAGAACUGUAGACUGUAUUUUUAAGUGCUGAUCAACUUAAAAUUCCACCGCGUUUUAAACUUUAAUUAUAUUUACUCUCACAGAUGUGAACCCCUUUGUAAACAAAUACAUAUCACUCGCUCAACACAGUCGCACACAACACGCGAUAAAUCAAUGGGAAUUGGAUCGAGCAAGAAGAACAUGUCGAACGCAAUGGAUAACCCUCAAGUGGCAGCAGCCGUAGCCGACAUCAACUCAGGCAAGGAGUCUGGGUUCGUCAAGGUCGUGUUGAAGGAAGGCAAUGGUACUACUCCGCAGCCUGGAGCACAGUGUGAGAUGCACUACACUGGUUCUCUGACCAAUGGUAAGGUGUUCGAUUCUAGUAGAACCAAGCAACGCACCUUCAGAUUCCAGGUGGGAGUAGGACAAGUCAUCAAGGGCUGGGACGAGGGCGUCGUUACCAUGAAGAAGGGUGAGCAAGCGAUCCUUAUCUGCGCGUCUGGACAUGCCUAUGGCCCAGGUGGUAUCCCUGGUGUAAUCCCACCAGCCGCCACACUCAUCUUCGAUGUGGAGCUGUUGAACUUUCAGUAGAUCUGCUCUGAGCUAUUCCGAAUUUGAUUGAGUCUAGCAAGCGAGUCCUUGUUCUAGAGAAUAACAUGUUUUGUAUACAAAAAAGAGCAGUUUGCUCAAUAUGAAUAUUAAAGAAUACUAGGUGUAGAAUAUUCCUAUUGGAAUGAAGUGGAAAUCAAUUGUUGUUUACCCUUUGAGACAACUCUUUCUCGCCAAUAUGUGACCUAUUCUCUAGAUGUCUGUGAGUUUCUUAUAAUCUGUUCCUCAGCAUAUACAUUAUCUUGGGGUUUCUUAUCGCCUGUUCGUCAGCAUAUAUAUUGUCUUAGAGUUUCUUAUAUCGUCUGUUCCUCAGCAUAUAUGAUUUUUUUUGUUUCUUACCACCUGUUCCUAAGCAUA